AAAAAUGGCCGACAACUAAUAAAGCAUAUCAUAUUUUAAACAAGAGUUUUCAUAGACAAAUGGUUGUCAAGUGCAGUAUUUCCACAUUUGAUCUAUAUUUGAGGUUUCUUACCAGAAGUUUUUUUUUAAGAAUUGCAAAUGGCUGAAGCAACUGUGUCAAUUGUUGCAGGGAGGCUGAGUGAUCUAUUGACUGAAGAGGGUCAACUUCUGCAUGGAGUGAAGGCUGAAAUUGAACAAGUAGUCACCGAGCUCAUGCGGAUGAAGACAUUCUUAGCAGACGCUGAUUCAAGGUUAGAUGAAGAAAGAAUCUGCAUUUUGCUGCAGGAGGUACGAGAGCUUGCCUAUGAUGCUGAACAUGUUGUGGAAACGUUUCUUGUUGAAGCUUCUUCGUCCCCUGGAAAGAUAAUGCAGUGGAUGAACACAAGGAAGUUUACAAGAAAGAUAGAAGGUAUUCAAAGAAAGAUGUCUGUAGUCUUCAGUGGCUUUCAUGAUUGUAAUAUCAAAUCAACAUCAGAAACCGGAGAGCCAUCAGAUUCAAGUAAUGGAAUACGUGGAAGGCUAAAGCGAUUCCAUAGUUUCACUACUGUGGAGCCAGAGAUAUUUGUUGGACUUGAGGCAGAUGUUGAUCACUUGGUGGGACUUCUGGUGGAUGAAAGUGAUGGCUGUUAUCCGCUCAUAUCUAUUUGUGGAAUGGGCGGUCUUGGAAAGACAACUCUCGCGCAAAAAAUAUAUAAUCAUUCCACGAUCAGGAGGCACUUUGCUGGUUUAGCCUGGGCUUCCAUUUCACAGAAAUGGCAAACAAAAGAGGUGUUGCAGAGAAUUCUUAUAUGUCUCGUCCAUGACAAGAAAGAGGAAAUCCUUACUUGGGAUGACGACAAGUUAGUGGAGAAUCUCUUAGAAAUUCAGCAGAAGAAAAAAUGCUUGAUAGUUCUGGAUGACAUAUGGUCAACUGAUGCUUGGGAUUCUAUAAAAGUGGCAUUCAAAGCGGAUAAAUCUUUAAGCAAAUUAAUGCUUACAAGUCGUAAUGUUGAUGUUGCUGAGUAUGUAGAUCCAGAAGGACUAGUUCACAAACCAGAGACUCUAAGCGCGGAUGAAAGUUGGAAGCUACUUCAGUUGAAGGCACUUCCCACUAGAGGAGGAUAUAUAGACAUUGCCAGAGACUAUAAACGUAUGGAAGAAUUAGGAAGAGAAAUGCUUAGAAAAUGUGCUGGUCUUCCACUAGCAAUAGUCAUUUUGGGGGGAAUUCUUGUAACAAAACCGUCGCUGGUAGAGUGGGAGAAGGUAUAUUAUGAUAGUUUAUCAUCCCUAAAGAGAGGGAAGGGGUUAGGAGAAAAUCAACAAAAUGAAUUGUUUUACAUAUUGCUUUGGAGUUACAACGAAUUGCCUCCUCAGUUGAAGCCAUGCUUUCUGUAUUUGGGCAAAUUCAAUGAAGAUGAAUGGAUAGAUGCAGAGACUUUGUAUCAGUUAUGGAUUGCGGAAGGGAUGGUACUAUCCAGUGACAAAAGGGAAGGAGAAACAAUGAUGCAAGUGGCUGAAUCGUAUAUGGGAGAACUGGUCCAUAAGAGUAUGGUUCAAGUGAGAGUUGAUGACUCAGAAUCAUUGCUUACAAAGUUCAAAAGUUGUUCUCUUCAUGACCUUAUGAGAGACCUAUCUUUAUCACUGGCCAAAGAAAAACACUUUUUUGAAGCAAUUGAUCUCCGAGAAGAAAAUGAUUUUCAUCUCUCCAUGUUUCCUUACACUCGGCAGCUUGUUAAUCGUGAUUGGACUUAUAGAAGCAAACAAUCUGAUUCCUAUAUUGUCAAGAUACCAAAUCACCAGCACUAUCGAUCAAUGUUACUUAUGCAAGUGAGUGACAGUAGAAGUUUUCCACCAGUAUUGGGGUCAAAUACUGCCAAUUUUAGGUUGCUAAGAGUUUUGGCUCUGGAAAAUGUUAAGCUUCGAAUUCAUGCACAAACUGUUUCAGGUAAUCGUUUUGGUACUAGUAUUGGGAGCGUAAUAGGCAGCCUUAUUUACUUGAGAUAUCUUAGUGCACGGAAUUCUAAUUUGAUAAUUCUACCUUGGAUACGAAAGUUGGUUCUGCUACAGACUCUCAAACUGGAUGGAGACAAUGUUACCCCUUAUCCAGCAAAGUCAAUAGCAAUAUUGAGCAAGUUGUCACAUUUGCGACAUGUGUAUCUUCCAGACAGCUUUUACAACUUUGAGAAGAAUGCAAAAUUACGCCUCAACGGGUUGAGCAAAUUAGAGACAUUGGAGAAUUUUAAUACUGAGUGGUGUGAGGUUAAGGAUCUCCCGGAAUUAACCAGUCUUCAGAGACUAAGGGUAAGAGCAGACGAUAUUCAUUGUGAUGUGGAAGAGCUGAUGAAAUACUUAGCAACACUUGCCUUGUCAUCAACUUCAGUUCUCCGAUACUGGGUCCUUCAUUUUGAGAUAAUUCAUGGGAGGUCGUUUAAUGAUCCAAAUAUCAUAAGACAAUUGUUCUGGAAUGACAAGUUCAACCUUCAGGAAUUAUUUAUACGAGGAAGGCUCCCAGAGUUGGAUGAAUUAUUUGAGUAUCCGCAACAACAACUUAAUAAUACUCAUAUCGAUGCAUCUUUGAUUUGUAUCACCAAGUUAAAACUCUGGUUUUCGUACCUAGAGAAAGACCCGAUGCCAGUACUGGAGAAGAUUCCAACUUUAAGGUAUUUGGAUUUAGAAUUGAAUGCAUAUAUGGGAAAGGAAAUGACAUGCUCAGCCAUCGGUUUCCCAAAACUCAUCCACCUUAAAUUGUCAAAUCUUAGCAAAUUGGAAAAGUGGAGGGUGGACGAAGGAAGCAUGCCAAUUCUCUCUGAGUUGACGAUUUCUGAAUGCAAUAAGUUGAAGGAGCUUCCAGAAGGACUCGUAUUUCUCGAUUCCCUUAGGAAACUAAGGGUGGGGCGGAUGCCUUUAGAAUUUUCCUUGAACAUUCGGCUGUUAAAUGGUAAACAAGGACCAGACUUUUACAAGGUUGCUCAUGUCCCUUACAUCACUUUUGACUGCAGUAACUGGACUGAGUGAUCCUGCAAAUGAAGAAUGUUCCAGUAUCCGAGAUGAUCAGAGUAGAAAUCUACAAAUAUUGAUAAGAUGAGGAGCUUAAGAACACUUGUUCUGUUAAGCUUUAACAGUAGCAUUUCUGCUAAUGAGUCACUAGUGGAGAGUAAAGGGAAGUCCUUUAACACAAUCAUCAUUUUUCUCCAGAGCCGAAACAAUGUAAAUACUAGUAUAAAGCUGAGAAUUUGAAAUGACACGUCAAAUCAUGUCAUUUGAUGAUCUGAAAUCUAAAAUUCAAAAUGAAAUAGUUGUUUUCAAACGCAAUCUAAAUGAAAUCAGGGCCUUUGGCGGGAUUGGCAGCCCAGCAUCGUUUUAUAACGUGUGCAAGUGUUGGUUGACGAGGACAUAAUCCGU